UCCUUACAGCAGGUGGCAGCACUGGUAAUUGACGGCACAGAACUUCUCUUUGUCUUUGUGGUUGUAACGGAUGCUUAGGAUAUGAUAAGUUCCGGUUGUAUCAACCCUGCAAACACGGAGAGUGAAAACUGGAGGAGCAGUGUCUGGAGUACAGCAGCACGGUGUCAGCCACAGGCAGCAGAUAGACAAGGGCUUUGUACAGAGCAGGGAGCAGAAUGGCUGGAGUGCUGGAUCUGUCUGCCCCUGAGAUUCCUGAGCCCACUUUCCUGGAGAGUGUCCUGCGCUACGGCCUCUUCCUGGGUGCCCUCUUCCAGAUUAUUUGCAUCCUGGCUGUGAUCAUCCCUUCAUCCAAGCUGCAGGAGUCGGAUCCUGAACCCUUCGAACACCGCAGUGUGGAUCAGACGAAGAAACCAAAGGGGCCCGUCCCCCAGCCGAGACAGAAACCAAAGAAAGAGAGCAAGAAAAAGAGAUGAGGGGACCCUGGAUACCUGUCAGGAGGGUUUACCGCCCUGAUGAAGAGAUUCAAAACUGUGUUCAAAAAGGGUUACUCCGUAGUAUAAAAACCUGUUCAUCCUGUAUUUCUCUAUUUUGCUUUUUUGCAGUUUUAAGUAAAUAUGCACAAAAUGUGAUUGAUUGCUUUUUUAAAUCCAGAACUUUUUUUAGCAGUGAUUUAUUGAACAUAAGUUGCCAAGCUUUAACUGGCAUGGCUGCUGCAUCUCACAUUGAAGGUCAGCUGAAAACAGAGACCGUGUUAGAUUAGGCAGUGCUGUGUAUACAUUACCUUCCCACAGUGUUGGAUUAGGCAGUGCUGUGUAUACACUACCUUCCCACAAGUAUUUGGACUCAUGAAUACAUGAAUGAGGGGGGUGGGUGGGCUCUUGUUGUGUUUUACACCCUUGCUUAAUAAAUAUCUAAACAUCCCUGAACAUUUCACAGUCUCCUCUUCAAAUGUAUGCAAAACAUUUGAAGUAAUCCAUUCUACAGGCAAUAUUUCUCAUAAAAUAAAACUUGGCCUAAUAUCUUA